AAUAUAAUAACAACAAAUACAACGACGACGACGACGACGACGACGAUAAUAAUAAAAAAAUGUUAGGCCGUAAACAAUCAUUACGCCAUACGGUAACAUCCGGUUUGGCAGCAACUGCGGCCAAUAUAAUGGGUACGGGUCCACCGGUUAUGAUUGGAAAUCUUGGUGUUAAUGUUGGUGGCCAAAGUGGUAUUGGUGGUUCAAGUGGUCAAGGUAAUACAAUUACUGGUAUUGGUGGUGGUGGUGGUGGUCAAUUAGCAGCAGAUGGACCAUCACCAGGUGUUGGCGGUAUUAUCGGUGGUCUUGGUAUGGCCGGCGAAUUAGAAGAAUGUAUCCGUGCCCGUACACUUUGGUGGGAAUCACAAUUAGUACGACGUUUUAUGAGAUUUUGCGCCUUAUUAUCAUUGGUUUCCGUUUCUAUGAAUACGCCCUAUACAUUUAGCCAGAUGCCCUCGUUAUUAUAUAUCACAUUUGUGAUUGACAUACUUGUUACAUUUGCUUUUUCAAUUGAAUUCAUUUCAAAAGUUCGUAUACGUGGUUCACGAACAUAUUUUCAUGAUCGUUGGUCACAAUUCGAUGUUACAAUGUUAAUCUGUCUUAUUUGUUCAUUGAUAUUACAUAUUUUUGAAAUAACCGGUUAUGUGGAAGAAUUUUCACCAUUAUCAAUGAUACGUGCACCACGGCCAUUAAUAAUGGUACGUGUGGUGCGUGUAUUUUUAUCAUUCUCAAUGCCACGUGCCCGUAUUACGCAGAUAUUUCUACGUUCAUCACAACAAAUUUAUAAUGUAACAUUAUUCUUCAUAUUCUUUAUGUCAUUAUUCGGCUUACUUGGUGUACAAUUUUUUUCAUCGCUCAAUCAUCAUUGUGUUUUAAUCGAUAAUUAUACGGAACUAUUUCAGCCAUCCAUACAUAUGUUAGCUAUACCGGAUACAUAUUGUUCACCAGAAGAUUCACAUGGUCAUCAAUGUCCACCGGAAAUGGUAUGCGUUGAGAUACAUAAUUCAAGUGGUUAUGCUGGAUUCGAUAAUCUGGCACAUGCAUUGUUCACCGUUUACCAGAGUGCCUCACAAGAAGGAUGGUCGCAUGUGAUGUACCAAGCGAUGGACUCACUCGACUUUUUCCGUUCAGCCAUCUAUUUCGUUACAUUAAUAUUUUUUCUAGCAUGGCUAGUUAAAAAUGUGUUCAUUGCUGUCAUCACUGAAACUUUUAAUGAGAUACGUGUACAAUUUCAACAAAUGUGGGGUGAACGUGCCCAAAUUGUAACACAAACAAUACAGCUAGUAUUGAUUGGUGAUGAUAAAUGGAAAUUAGUACAAUUGACCGAUUCGGAUGCAAGAACACGUGCACCACAUAUGAUCAGACAUAUAUUGGGUACAGCAUCAUUUCAGAUAUUUGUCAUGAUUAUGAUUGUUGUCAAUGCAAUCAUAAAUGCAAGUAUUCAAUUUGAUCAUUCGGGUAAAUCACGUGAUGAUUAUUAUCGUACUAUUUAUCCAUCGGAAGUAUUUUUUACAAUAUUUUUCGAUAUUGAAGUCUUGUCAAAGAUUUGGUGUUAUGGUCUACGUACAUAUAUACGGCGAUCAUUACAUAAAUUAGAAUUACUAUUAUCGAUUGGAUCAUCGAUACAUGUAUUGCCACCAUUAUAUAUGACAUCGCCAUUAGUAUAUUUUCAAGUAUUACGUAUUGUAAGGCUAAUAAAAGCAUCACCAGUAUUGGAAGAUUUUGUUUAUAAAAUAUUUGGACCCGGUAAAAAAUUAGGUUCAUUAAUUAUAUUCACUAUGUGCCUUCUAAUUGUUACAUCAUCAAUAUCAAUGCAAUUAUUUUGUUGUUUUCCUGGUUAUAAUAAAUUUCAAUCAUUUCCUGAGGCAUUCAUGUCAAUGUUCCAGAUUCUUACACAAGAAGGUUGGACCGAAGUAAUGAAUGAAACGAUAUUACGCUCUGGUGCUAAAAUUGGUCCAUUAGUUGCAAUUUAUUUUAUUCUUUAUCAUCUAUUCGUAUCAUUGAUUGUGUUAUCACUUUUUGUUGCCGUUAUUCUUGAUAAUCUUGAAUUAGAUGAAGAUAUUAAAAAAGUGAAACAAUUAAAAGCACGUGAACAAUCAGCAGGGUAUAAUGAAGAGCUACCAUUACGAUUACGGUUAUUUGAAUCAUUUCCAGAUUCACCACAAAUGACACGACUACAUAAACAAGCCAAUGAAUUUAAUAUACCAAAAGUUCGUGAUUCAUUUAUGCGUGCAUUUAUUGAUUCCACUAAUACAACAUCAACAGUUGUAUCGACUACAGCUGUACCAUCGGGUGGUACUGUUACAGCUACUGUAACAUCAACAAUAACCGGAACCGGUUUACCGGCUGCCGCUGCUGCUGUUGUUGCUGCUACCAGUGGUGGUGGCGCUGGAACAUUUGCACAAAAUUUAUCCAAUAGUAAUUUUACAACAUUACCAUCAUCAUCGAUGAUGAUGACAGCCGGCGGUACAAAUCGUCCAUUGAUAAUGACAGCUGCCGGUAAUUUAACUGCCAGCAACAAACCAAUGUUGCCUUCAUUAUGUUCAUCCGGUGGUACAAGUAUUGGUGGCCUAUUUUUCAGUACACGUAAACAAUCGUCGAUAAAAUUAUUAAGUCCAGUAUCGAAAGGAAGACAUUCAAGUCCAUUAUUACGUCGUGUACAGGUUGCUUGUAUUGUAUCCGAUUCAAAUAAUCAACGACUAUUGCUCAAUGAUACAUCGGUGGCCGGUAUUCCUGUAGUGUCUGGUGUAGCUGGUAGUGGUGGUGGAACAGGCGGUACUGUUGGUGGUGGUACAACAUCGGCUACUACUGCCGGUAGUGGUGGUGGUGGUGGUUUUACCAGACAUGGUGUUUCACAUGGUGUUGGUAGCCGUGGUAUGAGACGAUCAGUACGUGGUAAUCUUAAAGAAGAAGUCGGUACAGAAGAAUCACAUUCCGGUGCUGGAAAUGGUCCAUUAGUGCGUGGACAAGAUUUUGAUUUUAAAAUGUUACAACGUAAACAAAAACAAGCUGAAAUGCGUCGUACACAACGUGAAAGUGAUCUUCGAGAAAAUCAUCCAUAUUUUGAUACACCAUUAUUGAUUGUUGGACGUGAAUCAAGAUUUCGUAUGAUUUGUCAAAGUAUUGUUAGUGCAAAAUAUGAUCCACAUGUUCGUGAUCCAAUAACUGGGAAGGAACGUAAAAUGCGUUAUAAAGGUGCACAUGAAUUAUUAGGUUUAGUACCAUAUUGUGAUUGGAUUAUGAUUAUCGUAACAACAGUAUCCUGUGCAUCGAUGAUGUGUGAAACCGGUGAACAUCGUAUAACCAACACAUCGAUAUUGAUUAUUGCUGAAUAUACAUUUGUAUUUGCGAUGGCCAUUGAAUUACUAUUGAAAACAUUAGCAUGUGGAUUGUUAUUUACACCGAAUGCCUAUCUAGCCAAUGUAGCUGGUGUUAUGGAUUUUCUUAUAUUCGGAAUAUCCGUCCUAUUUUUAUGUUUAUUACCAGAAAAAGUACCACCACAAUCAUGGCAACAAACAUUAUAUGUAAUGCGUUGUAUACGGCCAUUACGUAUAUUUUCAUUAGUACCACAUAUGCGUAAAGUUGUAUAUGAAUUAUGUAGAGGCGUUAAAGAGAUUGCAUUGGUAUCCGUUUUAUUGAUUGUUCUUCUAUUUGUAUUUGCAUCGGUCGGUGUACAUAUGUUUGGUGGCCUAUUGGCACGUUGUAAUGAUCCAUGUAUUAAAACAAGAGAAGAAUGUAUCGGUGUUUUCAUGCGACAAGUACACGUGACUAGAAUGAAAUUGGCUAAUCAAAAUGAAAAAAUGCCUUCAAUUCUGGUGCCUAGAGUUUGGGCCAAUCCACGUCGUUUCAAUUUCGAUUCACUUGGCAAUGGAAUAUUGGCCCUAUUUGAAGUAUUAUCAUUUAAAGGCUGGCUUGAUAUUCGUGAUGUCAUCUUAGCACGGUUAACUCCAUUACACGCCAUUUAUAUACAUGUAUUCGUAUUUCUUGGCUGUAUGAUUGGCCUUACAUUAUUUGUUGGCGUUGUCAUUGCAAAUUAUGGUGAAAAUAAAGGCACAGCCUUAUUGACGGUGGAUCAACGUCGUUGGUGUGAUCUGAAGAAACGUUUAAAAAUUGCACAACCAUUGCAUUUACCACCACGUCCUGAUCAUCAUCGUGCACGUGCAAUUAUCUAUGAUAUAACACAGCAUAUCAUAUUUAAACGUACAAUUGCCAUAUUGGUAUUGAUCAAUUCAGCAUUAUUAUGUGUUAGUUGGGAUAGUAAUAUGGAACAUACAAAACCAUUGGCCAAUGUUUCGGCUGCAUUGACUUGUGUUUUUGUAUUUGAGGUAUUCAUGAAAAUGAUCGCAUUUACACCACGUGGUUAUUGGCAAUCACGCCGUAAUCGUUAUGAUUUAUUUGUCACCGUACUUGGUGUACUGUGGCUAAUAUUGCAUUUUACAUUCUCAAAUAAAGCAUCCAAUGCUUUCGGUUUCAUUGUGGUUAUAUUACGUUUUUUCACCAUCACUGGUAAACAUGCAACAUUGAAAAUGUUAAUGUUAACAGUUGCCGUUUCGGUUUAUAAAUCAUUUUUCAUCAUAAUGGGAUUAUUUUUAUUAAUCCUUUGCUAUGCAUUAACCGGUGUCAUUUUAUUUGGUUCAGUAAAAUUUGGUGAAAAUAUUUCACGUCAUGCUAAUUUUCGUACGGCAAUAACCGGUGUAAUAACAUUAUUUCGUAUUGUGACCGGUGAAGAUUGGAAUAAAAUAAUGCAUGAUGCAAUGCUGUCGCCACCAUUCUGUACAUUGAAUGGUGAUAAUUUUUGGACCACCGAUUGUGGAAAUUAUUAUGCAUCAUUAGCAUUUUUCUGUUCAUUCUAUGUCUGUAUCACGUAUAUUGUAUUGAAUCUAUUGGUGGCUAUUAUUAUGGAGAAUUUUUCAUUAUUUUAUUCAAAUGAAGAAGAUGCACUGUUAUCAUAUGCAGAUAUAAGAAAUUUUCAAAAUACAUGGAAUCUUGUCGAUAUACAACAACGUGGUAUGAUUCCUGUAUCUAGAGUAAAAUUUGUAUUACGUUUAUUAAAAGGACGAUUAGAAGUGGAUCCAAAUAAAGAUCGUUUGUUAUUUAAACAUAUGUGCCAUGAAAUGGAACGGCUACAUAAUGGUGAAGAUGUUACAUUUCAUGAUGUAUUGAAUAUGUUGUCAUAUCGUUCUGUUGAUAUUAGAAAAUCAUUACAAUUGGAAGAAUUACUUGCACGUGAAGAAUUGGAAUUUUUAAUUGAAGAAGAAGUAGCCAAACAAACAAUACGUGCAUGGUUAGAUCAAUGUUUACGGCGUAUAAAAAAAGAACGACAACAACAAUCAUUGUUACAUUCAUUACGUGCAACAAAUGAACCAUCGAUGGGACAAUCAUCAUUUUUUGGUUUAAGCGGUGCAAUUGCUGAUUUAAACAAUGAUCCAUAUGGUCUUGGCGGUGAUCAAAUGCAACUAAAACCAUUGGCUGAACAAUUGGCUCAUCAACAACAACAACAACAGCAGCAACAGCAACAAGAUGCAUUAGCUCAAGAUGAUGAACAAAUUAAACGUGAUGAUGUUGCAUAUCAAAGAUUGAUGAUAAAAUCACGUUAUGGUGAUGUAAAAAUACCAUCAUUUGGACCAAAAUUUCCAAUGGAUAAUAUGAUGGCCGAUUCAUCAAAUAAAUCAUUAUGGGAUACUGAAGAAUUUGGUGGUACCACCACUAGUGGUGUUGGUGUUGGUAAACGUCCACAUGGUUCAGCACAUAAAGCGACAGAUGUAGUUGCUACACCACAUCCACCGACCACACCACAUCCACCACAUCAACAUAAACGUGUCGAAUUUCGCCAUGUUGAAGAAAGAAGUAAACAACAACAGAAUCCUUCAUCAUCACCGUCAACAGCAUUGAUUACAUCACCAAUAAAUAAAUCAUUGCUAACUGCCCAUGAUUCCAUCGGUGGUGGUGGUGGUACUGAUAAAGAUUUAGAAUCUGGACAUAUAACAUCUACAGCUAGUUCAACUACGACAACAACUGCAGCAACAUUAGCAUCAAGUCGUGGUAAAAAUAUUGAAAAACUUCGAUUACCAUCAUCAUUGGAUCCAUCGUCGGAUGAAACGAAACAUCAUUCAGGAUCAUCAUCAUCAUCAUUGAAAUCCGCCAUUCAUCAACGUAGUAUGAAACAAGCAAAAAUACCUACAGUAGCGCCACCGCCAUCUGAUGGUAAUCAUAAUCGUCAUCAUCAUGAUGAACAGCAUGGAAAAGAUGUUACACCUAAACAUCAAACAACAUUAUCAACAGCGAUGCCUUUACAACAACAACAACAACAACAACAGCAACAACAAAUGCCUGUUCGUCGUUUUCUUUCAUUACAUUCAUAUCCACCA